AUGUCAAUUCGGUGUUUCGCUAGAAAAUGGAGAACACAUUGUUUAGCUUCACUAUUCCUCAGACACUUUACCUCAAAUUCAACAAAAAGUAGCAACCCCAUCAGAGACGUUUCAACUCCAUUGUCUUUGAGACAAACUGUUACAGCGUUUGAAUACAAAAACACAUGUGGCGGUUUUAGGGAAUAUCACGACGGAAGACCAAGGGGCCCCCUUUGGAGGGGAAAGAAGCUCAUUGGAAAAGAAGCUCUCUUUGUCAUCUCUGGGUUGAAGAGGUUCAAAGAUGAUGAAGAUAAGCUUCCCAAGUUUAUCAAAACUCAUGUUUUAAGACUCUUGAAGAUGGACUUGAUUGCUGUUCUCACUGAACUUGAGCGCCAACAGGAAGUUUCUCUCGCUCUCAUGGUGUUUAAGGUGAUGCAAAAGCAGGAUUGGUACAAGCCUGAUAUAUUCUUGUAUAAGGACUUAAUUAUUGCGUUGGCAAGGGCUAAAAGAAUGGAUGAUGUGUUGCAAUUGUGGGAAAGCAUGAAGAAAGAGAAUCUGUUCCCUGAUUCACAGGCUUAUACUGAAGUCAUAAGAGGCUUCUUGAGCAGUGGAUCUCCUGCAGACGCGAUGAACAUAUAUGAGGACAUGAAGAAUUCUCCGGAUCCACCAGAGGAACUGCCGUUCAGAAUUUUGUUGAAAGGGCUCCUGCCACAUCCUCUUUUGAGAAACAAAGUUAAACAAGAUUUUGAAGAAAUCUUUCCUGAUUCCAGUAUCUAUGAUCCACCACAAGAGAUAUUUGGUGCACGCUGA